AUGGACAAUAUGCCGAUCAGUCAUGAUGAGAACAUGAAAAAGACUUCUAAUGGGACAUCAGCCGUCGUCGAUGUGGCUCAGCACGCUGCAAGUGAUUCGGAUAAUAACAAAGCGCAACUUUUGGGCAUUGAAUCAGAUACUGAGUUUGUGAUUGAUAUUUUCAUCGAAGCUGCCAAAGAUGGGAAUUUAAAAUUGGUGAAGGACGUGGUUGAAAGCGGAGCCGUAGAUAUUAAUAACGAUUGCAUUGAUGAAUUACCGGGCUUGCAUUGGGCCUGCAUAAAUAAUAGGUUUUCCGUGGUAAAAUUCCUAUUACUUAGGGGAGCAAAUCCUAACCAGACGGUGGGCUCUGAGAGGGCUACCGCUUUACACUGGGCCGCGAGGUAUGGUAAUGUCUACAUCGUUGACCUACUUCUCAAACAUGGGGCCGAUCCGACACUCAAAGAUGGACAGGGUCUUAACAUUAUGCAUUUUAGCGUUUACAGCUCUAAUAUUUUACUUGUUGUUUAUGUGCUCUAUUUUGUCGUAAACAACAGCAACAGUGUCGACAUCGAUUCAAAAGACAACAAUAAUAGAACACCCCUAUUGUGGGCAGCUUAUCAAGGAGAUUUUCUCACUGUAGAGCUUCUAUUGAAAUUUGGCGCUACAGUUGCAUUAACAGACAAUAGAGGAUUCAACGCGCUGCAUUGUGCUCUAGUUGGAGGUGAUCAAAGGGUCAUAUGUGAUUUAAUACUUAGCGGCGCAAAUUUCAACGAAAGAAAUAACCAGAAACAAGACUGUUUUGAUCUAGCCGAGGGAAUGGGAACAAAAUCACUAUUUGAGCAAGCGUUGCAGCAUCAUGGAUAUGAUAGGCUUGGAAAUCAAAAGGAUAAAUUAUUCAAGAAAAGCUCGUAUGCACAAUUCACAACUUUUUUGUCACCUUUCUUACUUAUGGUUUACAUAUACUUAAUUUCUCUGGUUCUUUCUCCAGUGCUAGCCAUUAUGCUUUCCCUACUGGUCGUUGUUGUCACUGUAAACACAUUAAAGAAGUUCAUAUUACCAUCAUUUCCUAGAAAAAACACCUACAGAGUUUCCUUAACUAGAACUCCCUUUUUCAGUGGGCUCUUUCUGUCCACUUUCUGUUUUUUAAUAUAUAUAUGGACGGAAAAACUCUAUCCAUAUAGCGUGUCUGACUAUACUAUGAAAAACGUACAAUUUUUGGUUACUUCUUUUUUCACAAUCAUAUUAUUUCUGAAGUUAGUACGGUCUGAUCCUGGUUGUGUGAAAACGGACGAUAGUUUAACUUCGAUACAAGAAACAAUAAAACAACUGAUUCACCUAGGGAAGUUUGAUAGGGAAAACUUUUGCGUUGAAACCUUAGAAAGAAAGCCAUUGAGAAGUAGAUAUUCCUUUUUCAGCGGCGCCCUGGUUGCCAGAUAUGACCAUUAUUGUCCAUGGAUUUAUAACGAUAUUGGCUUGAAAAAUCACAAGCUCUUUCUGUUCUUUGCUUUAACAGUCCAAUAUCAUAUGUUUUUGUUCAUGUGGUUGUGUUUAGCAUAUUUUAAGAAAACGAACUAUAUUUACGAACAAGUUGACGAAUAUGCAAGAUGCGCCCUGCUUAAGAAUGAGACUUUGUGUAAAGGUUCUAAUUACGAUCCCUCUACCUUCUUUUUAUUCAUUUGGGUUAGUGUAAACUUCAUGUGGCUGGGAGCUAUGUUGAUUGUCCAAUGUUUUCAAGUAUUAAAAGGAAUCACGACUCCUGAAUUGUUCACCUUAAUCAGGGAGGAACGUAGGGCAAAAAUCGUCAGUCUGAUACCCUUUGAAAACUCUAUGUGUUCUAGCACAAGUAGUAGGGAUUAUGAUAUGAUGCCUGAAGGACCAACUGGGACAACCGUCACUCAUACAAUUUCUAUUGAUAGUUUGGAACCAAGAAAUAAACGCCGUGCUAUUCUUAGCGCAUGCUUUUCGAUGAUUGGUAUCAAUCAGUGGUUCGUUACUAUUAAGGAAAUGCUAGGUAUAACCCACUUUUUGCAUGGGCAGGUUCAACAGCAACAUCACAGUUCACUGCUUCGAAGUUUCUUAGUGACAAAUCACUGGAAGACAAAUUUGACCGAUUUUUGGCUUAAUAGUGAUGUAACGGCGCCCUUGUGGCAGAGACUUUUCUACUCCUCGGAUACCUCAAAGGCUAUGUUGGGCGGAAUUGAGGUCGACUACUAUGAGCUAUACGAAUAUCCGGCCAGAGAAGGAGAAGUAAUACGUUCAAACUAA